AUGUCGUCUUCACCAUUUCUCGAUAUUCAACACUCCACCAAGGCCGUAAUCCAAUGGCAGUCCGAUACCACGACACAUAUUCUGGCAAAGCCAGACCCUCAAGUCAGCUCAGUCACACUCAACUUCCGCUUCGAUAAGACAUGUGCUUUCUUCGAAUUGAGCAUUCCUGUCAAGAUCAAGGGAUUAGACACCACUACAGCCGUUACAUUACGCGCAUGCGCUUCGUCCAUUGUUUCUUUAGACGUGGUCAAGAACCCCACGGCUCUUGUCAAAAUACAACAAGAGUUUGAAUCUGCCGCUCUCUGCCUCAACAUUACCUUGAAUCACCACCUCACCGUCCUUGUUCCUACCCCUGCACUGGAGCCUUUAUCUCCCGCCCGAAAACAUUCAGGCGUAGUCCUUGACGCAAUACGUGAUCUUUCCAAUGCCACCGUUCUAUCCAUCUACAUCGAGGCCCGGGCCGCACCCUCUUCGCUCCAGUCGAUUAGUGAUGCCGCCAGCGAGGGUCUUCUCAAGUCUUUUCGCAGUCUCCGGUAUAAUCUUGCUAGCAUGUAUGGAGGCCUCGGAGCCAAGCUCGUCGAUCUUUCAGCUCAAACAGCACUCCCACCACCUGCCUAUCACGAAACUGAGCCCCCACCUCCGCCGCCGCCGAUCGAUUGCGGUCACACUAAGAAGCGCCCUCGACAAGACAGCCAGUCUCGCGACAGCGAUAUCGCCCUUAUUUGGGAUGAGCUGCGGGCUUUAAAAGAGUCAAGAGGUCGGGAUAAAGAACAGAUUCAGGCCUUGGAGACGGAAAACAAGAGAUUAAGACAAGAGAACGAAGAGCUGGUCAGAGGCAUGGACAAGAUCCGGGAGCGUUGCACUGCCUUGGAAGACAGCUUUGAAGUUCUCAACAGGUCCACUGAGGGCUUUAUGGAUACAUAUGAUAACGAAUUGACUGAAUUACGCGACGACAUUCACACACUGGAGGGAAUUGUGAACUUCAUCCAAGAGGGUCAAGUCAGUGACGAGUCAGUCAAGAAGAUAAAGGAUGCUGUUGUGAAAGAUAUUACAACGCGGCUUACGGCGGAUUGA